AUGGAAACGAUUUACGGAAACGAUACAAAUAUAUUCGAUUAUUAUUGGUCGGAUAAUUUAACGUCUUUUUCGUUGAAAUAUUCAAAAACAUUAUUGGAAACACUUUGGAAAAAUGGAAAAUGGGAAAUUCCGUUAUAUUCAAUAAUUUUUUUUCUCGCCGUUGUUGGCAACAUUGUCGUCAUAUUAACUCUCGUUAAAAACAUUCGUAUGAGAACAAACACAAACGUUUUUCUUUUAAAUUUGGCCGUUUCCGAUCUCAUAUUGGCCGUCCUUUGUAUGCCUUUUACACUUAUUGGUACACUUUUAAGAGAUUUCGUCUUUGGAGAAACCAUGUGUAAACUCGUUCCAUAUUUACAAGCGACGUCGGUCGCAGUCAGUGUAUGGACACUCGUAGCCAUAUCAAUAGAAAGAUAUUACGCAAUAUGUCAUCCUCUUAGAAGCAGAAGAUGGCAAACGUUAUCACACGCUUAUCAUUUAAUAUGUUACAUAUGGACCGGAAGUACUAUAACAAUGCUUCCAAUAUUUAUACUAACAGAACUUCAACCGACAAACAAAGGACGUCAUAAAUGUAGAGAAAAAUGGCCGAACGGUGAUUACGAAAGGAUUUAUAAUUUAUUAUUAGAUUUAUUACUUUUAUUAAUACCACUUUUGGCAUUGGGAGUCACUUAUUACCUCAUUUCAAUUACAUUAUGGAGGGAUUUAUCUAAAAAAUCAGAAGAUGUUUCUUAUCAACGUCACGAGGAAAAUUCAAAAAGGGAAAAAAAUUCAUCGUACGAUUUAUCCGAUGAAUACAAUCCGAAUAAUAAUAAUAAUAUAACAACAGGUCGUAAUAAGAAAAAAUUAAAAAGGGAAAUUAUAUUAAAUGACGUCACAAAACUCGAAGUUUUUCAAUCGAUUAAAUCGUGUUCGAGUAUAAGUUUGAGACAUAAUAAUUACGAAAGAAGUUUAAGAAAAAAACAAUUAGUUAUAAAAAUGUUGUUUGUAGUUGUUUUAGAAUUUUUCGUUUGUUGGACUCCGCUUUACGUCAUAAAUACUUUGGCACUUUUUUGGCCUCAUCUCGUUUAUCGUGGUAAAAUCGGUUAUAAAAUGAUAAGUUUUUGUCAACUUUUAGCUUAUACGAGCGGUUGUUGCAAUCCGAUAACUUAUUGUUUCAUGAACAAAGGAUUUCGUACGUGGAAGAAGAAAAAAGAACAAUAA